UCAUUAGCCAUUCAAGUAAAUUGUUGUUGCUCUCUGUCUCUCUCUCUCUUUGCCCGGAAACUAUUUAUGUCAUCUACAACUGUCACCUUUCACCGGUAUUGUUCAAUUUCUCUUCUCUCCUGAACAUGUCAACCGGCGUUGUGGAGAAUGUCUUAAAGUUAGUUUGUUCUCACGGCAGCAAAAAAUAUAAUGUGACUUUAAAAUGUCCUGAAGAUUCCACAGAACUCAAUUGUGGACAUCUGUUUUCUGCUGUCGAAAAUGUCACUGGUGUCUCUGAAAACAGGCAACGUUUGAUAUAUAAAGGGAAAUCUCUCACUGAUGCUGCUCAGAAUCUGAGUGAGUUGGGAAUGAAGGAAGGUGCUAUCGUUAUGCUGAUGACUAAGGCAGUACCUUGUAAAGAUGGUGAAACCUUAACAAAAGAAGAAGAGGUUCUUCUAACCAUUGAUAGUGAAGUAGAAGCAAAAGGUCGAUAUCUUCAGGAAUUUACCCAGAAUGUCAUGGACUUCUGUCAAGGCCUUCUACAACGUUGUGACUGUCUUACUGAAAUGUUAAACAUCUGUCCUGCCACCGUGUGAUGAGGUUUUGCAUUGAGUUUCAUCAGCGCUCAUCUUCUGUUUCUCAUCUUGUCCACCUUCACGACAUUUUGCUCAUUUCAUUGUGUUUCUUCCAACUUGUCUUUCCACCCUGAUAUCUUGAAUGUCAGGUAGUUGAUAGAAUUCCUUCAUCAUUACUAGUUACUUGUUACUGUCUGUUUUUAUAUUAGCAUCUGUCUUAUGUACAUUAUGGUGUGCUCCCAAAUUUUUAACAGCUAGGACACGUUAUUAAAAUUUUUAAAGUUGGUUCCCUAGGUUACGAAAAAAAUUAAUCAAAGCUUUUGUAUAAGAAAAUUCUGAAUUUAGCCAAUCAGUGUUGCUUCAUUAAUAUAUUAAUUUUUGGGUAAAAUCUGUAACCCAGGGAAACUGGUGAUGGUCUGUGUAAGCUUAAAAAUCAUUGAAUAUGAGGAGCAGAAGAUAAGUGAAGUUUAUUUUCUGUGAGGCUUAUAGAAGAUAACAUUUUAUUGCUUUGGCUGUUUGUUUGAGUGUGAAUUGAAGUUAUGGGAUUAGAUUUGGUGGGGAGAGUGUUUUCCAAGUAAGAGGACUGGUAUAAGAGAGUGGGAAACCAAGGAAUUGAGGUGGUGAAGGACAAUAAACAUGUCAGAUAGAACGAUAAAUAAACUUAGCUUAAACACAAGAACAGAUACAGUUAAGAUAAUGUGGUCAAGGUAUAAUAGGAAAAGGGACAAGAAGGCAGAUAGGUACAAUACAUCAAACCUCAAUAAAUAGUUAUCGCGAUGGGUUGUAGUAAUGCAGGGAGUGAAAGGGGCUGAUGGUAUAAAGAGUAGAGGCUAAACAGCAGAAGAUAGAGAAGGAACAUGCAUGCAAAUACAUUAUUACAUUCACACGUUUUAUUUACACAUGUGUAUAUAUAUUCAUAUUUCUGUGUAUCUACCCAGAUAAAUAAAGAUACUCAUGUACAUUUUUUAAAAUUCUCAUUAUGGCAAAUAAGCUUUAUAAAUUAUUUUACAUUUAACAUUAAAAACAGAAAAGUUUACACAGCAAUUAAUAAUUAUAUUUCACUUUUAAAUGUGAGAAAGCCAAUUAAAUUUCUACAGCAAGUAUCAUUUGAUUCAGUGGCUUGAUUGGCUUUCUAACUACUUUUGAGUAGUUCUCUCUUCAGUGUCCAAUAAAAACUGGUUUUUAUUUAACAAUUACAACAAAAGACAUUCCCAACUGAUUCAUGAUAAGGAGCUUCACUUCUUCACCAAUAAACACACACCUAUAUAUAUAUAUAUAUAUAUAUAUAUAUAUAUAUAUAUACCUGUAUACAAAUCUCUCUCUUUCUCUACUCUCUCUCUCUCAUAUAUAUAUUAUUGAUUUAUAUCUAUGAAUGUAUAUUUCUCUCUACACACACUCUCACACACAAGUUGUUUAUUGUAUGUUCUGUCCAUAAAGCAUUUGCCUGUAGUCUGAUGUUAUUCUACAGCUUACACUGUUUCAUGUUUCGUAGUAACUGUCUACAUGAACCUCUCUAUUUUUUUAUUUUUUAUUUUUAGAGAGAGUCUAUCUUAGAAUUAGCAAUGUUCAUGUAAAUUGAAACACUACCAUCAAGACACUGGCUCAACUCAACAGUGUCUUGGUAGCAGUGCCUGCUUAAAUUGAAACACCUUCACCAAGAUGGGAAAUUCAACAGUAUCCCUUUACAUUGAAACACUGUCUACAUGUUGAACUAUGUCUUUCUUAUUUUGUAACAUUGCCUACUCUGCUACUCCUCAGCAUUUCCUUCUUUACCCAACAAUGCCUACAUCAGGUUCAGCUGUCUCUUCUCAUAUUGAGACAUUGUCUACUGUAUAGUCAGCAAUAUGUCCUUGGUAUAAACAAUACAGUCUGCUGCCUAUAUAUACAGAUUACACUGUGUUCAUAAAUGAAUUAUGUAUUUUAUCAACAUAGUUUCUUUGUAGACAAAUAAAAAAAACUGAUUAAAAAUUGAUCUUAAAAUGCUAA